AUGUAAUAAAUUGAUACACAGUUAAUGGACGAUUUUCAUUUGAACUUCAUGAACUUUUAUUCUAAAGUCAAAGGUGUCAUGAAUGUUAGAUUUAGUUAUAUGAGAGAAAAGUUCAAUCUAAAAAUUGAAGAAUUUCCUGAUGAUUAAGAAGUUUUCAGCAUCUAACAGACCAAUAAACUUAAUCUCCAAACUUAACCAAAUAAACCAAAAAAAAAUUGGACUGAUGAUGAUAAAAAGGUUCUGAUAUGGUUAGUUGGGAAAUGGGUUACAUAUAAUAAAAGAGAUAUCUAAUCGAUUGUAUAAAUUUAGUAGGCUAUUUUAGAGUGAUUCGGAUUGGAGUGCCAUUGCAAGUAUGAUGCCUCGUAGAGAUGCAUUCAAAUGUAAGUAGAAAUGGUUACAAAUGCUCAAACUACCUUUGUAAUAGGCUCCUUGGACUCUUGCAGAAGAUAAUCUACUAUAAAAGAUAAUAUCGGAAUUUUAAAGUUAAAACAAAGGUAAUAAAUGGAGUCAAAUUGCAACAAGUCUCAAUAAAGCAAAUGAUUAAUAGGUACAUAGAAAUGGAAAAUAAUGUAGGGAAAGAUGGAAUAAUCAUCUUAAUCCCAACAUUAAUAGGUACAGUAUUAAAUUUAUUUAGAUAGAAAUCCUUGGUAAUUGAGUGAAGACUUAGAUCUAAUGUGUUAGGCUAAAGAAUUAGGGAAAAAAUGGGCUUUAAUUUCGAAAAAACUCAAAAUUACAAGAAGUGAAAAUAAUGUCAAAAAUCGGUUUAAUUGUCUCAUUAGAAAAGAAAAAAAUCAUAAAUCUGGGUAAAAUUUGUGAACUAUUUGAAGGUAAAAAGAUGAGGAUGAUAAUUAAUCUGAAGAAUCAUCGAUUUCUAAUUUACCAUCUACUGAAGAAUUGAAUCAUGAAGAGAUUAAACUUAUUAAUGUGAUCAUUAAAAAAAUUGAAUGGCGUAUACAAUAAACUGAGAAUCUAAGAUAAAAGGGACAAAAAGAAGGAAUUAAAGAAGAACAUAAUGAUGCAACAAAAAAAGUUAAAAUAGAAUCUCAAGGAGGAUUCUACAAAGAUUUUAAAUAAAAGAUUUCAAAUUUCAAGAAUAUGGAGAGAUUAUAAUUAUAAAUAAAAGACUAAGAACUAAAUGAUGAUGAAGCAUCUACUCUUAUGCCUUGUCUAAUACAUAAAGAAAGUAAUCAAAUUUAUUUUGCCACUCCGGAAUAACUUUAUAUAUAUUUGAAUAAAAGUAGUGAAACUAAUAUGCUAUAAGAAAGCUAUUUGUCUAAUCCAAAUAGUUUAGGAUCUUUUAUGUAUGAUCCUAAGUUUUUUCGAUCUAUUGUAAUGUUUUAAUCAAAUGAAUACCAUUAAGGAUAAAGUGGAAUCUACAACCAACGUUCAUUAGUCAAUCAGAAUCAUAUAGGAAACUUUUAGAGUCUUAAUAGCUAUCCUUACUCUGUUGCGUUAUCCCCUUAUCCUUCACAAGUUAACCUCCCAAAUUAAUAAUAGAAAUGAUAAUAUAAAAUAU